CCCUGUCCUAAGGCAGAGUUGUUCAACGAAUUAAUCGAUGACCUUGUGGCCUGUAUGCCGCCACAAGACGUACAUGGCCAUCUGGUAAUCAAAAAGAAGGAGGGAGAAGGUGACCAAGAGAUCGCCGAGGGUACUUCCAAUGAAGAGGAUGGGUUGGAAUUGCCCAAGGGAGAGGAAGAUUUGGACAAGGAUGAGCGGAUUUUAGAAAAAGAUGAAGUCUGUUAA